UAUCUUUGUUCGGUACACAAUCACAUGGCCGAUCCGAAAUCUGAUUUGGAUCCUUACGACUUCCUCAAAAUCACACAAAACCCAGACGGAUCUUUGACCCGAAACCGCCCGCUUCCAUCCUUACCCGCAACACCCGAGCUCACACCCGAUUCCCAACCCGCUCUCUCCAAAGACAUCCAACUCAACUCCACCAAUGCCACCUUCCUCCGCCUCUACCGCCCCAUAUCACCACCCACAACCACCACCGGAAAAAAACUCCCGAUCAUCAUCUACUUCCAUGGUGGCGGGUUUAUCGUCUUCAGCGCCACGUCUCUCCCGUUCCACCAUUCAUGCGGUGUGGUAUCUGCUCAGUCUCCAACGCUAGUGAUCUCCGUUGAGUACCGUCUCGCACCCGAACACCGCCUCCCUGCGGCCUAUGACGAUGCCAUGGAGGCGGUGUUAUGGGUGCGGGACCAGGCUCUAGGGAUCAAUGGCUGUGAUGAGUGGAUGACUGAACUCGCGGACUAUUCAAAAGUGUACUUGAUGGGAAGUAGUUCGGGAGGGAAUAUAACCUACAACGCGGGUUUACGUGCACUUGAUCUUGAUCUUAACCCGAUCAAGAUCGUAGGGCUCAUAAUGAACCAACCUUUUUUUAGUGGGGUCGAGCGUACUGAAUCAGAGCUAAGACUAUUUGAUGAUCGGAUCAUUCCUUUAGUAGUGAAUGAUCUAAUGUGGUCUCUGUCAUUGCCUGAAGGUUGUGACAGAGACCACGAGUACUGUAACCCAUUACGAGAUCUGAAUAGAUCUCGUAUUGAAAAGAUCAAACGGUUACCGAAAUGUUUGAUCAGGGGUUACGGUGGCGAUCCGAUGGUGGAUAGACAAAGGGAGUUUGCUAAGAUGUUGGAGACACAUGGUGUGCACGUGAUCAAGAAAUUUGAUGAUGAAGGGUACCAUGGUGUGGAAAUUUUCGACCAACAAAAAGCACAAGUUUUGUAUGAUGAUAUCAAGACUUUCAUAUGGACAUUUACUGACAAAAUGUCUCCUUUAUGAUCACUUGGUCGUUUUCUAAUAAGUUUGUAUUUUAUUGAACAACAAUAAUAAUGAAAAGGAAAAAUACAAUUA